CUUGAAUUUCAAUUAUGUUUAGAAGACAAAAAUGUUUCCAAACGAAAGAUAUUAGUAUGAAAGUAAACAUGGAAUCUCGAGAUACUACUCCGGAAAUAUCUCCACUGCGAGCAGUAGACGGAGAUGAGAUCGUGCUCUCGGAACAUGAAGAAGGCGAGAUAUCGGACGGAUCUCUUUCUGAUAUUAGUGAAAUAGGAGAAGUUGAAUUACUUGAAGAUGGAGAACACAGUGGUCCCCUUGCACCUGAUCCUGUUUACGACGUUGGACGUUAUUAUGGAAAAAAUAGUAACGUUGAUAGUCCUGCUUCUCCUGAAACUCGAGAUGUAACUGGAUCUCCUAUUCAUAUUAUACCUGGAUCUCCUAAACCCAACCCUGACGAUGUAAGCGAGGAUGAGGAUAUAGACGAGGAUAUCCUCUACUUGAGAUUGAUGGCUCUGAGAUCUAUCCAGGAUGCAGCAUCUACUGAGGGAACAGAGGAGUCGGAGCAGGAAACUUUAGAACGUGAGAUGGAGGAUCUUAUCGACGAAGCUAAUCAAGCCUCACAGAAUUCAAACCUAGAACCUGAUCCCGCUCUCUCCGAGUUGAAACUAAACAAUCAGCAGUCCUUUAUGACAUUCUCCUCUCUAGAAAAUACCUCAGAAAUAGAAGAAUCAUAUUCUCCAACUCAAUCUCCAUCCAAACCUACUCCAAUAGCAAGUCCAAUCCCUGAUGAGAUUAUAGAUUUAGUUUCUCCGGUUCCAAGUCCUGAAGAGAUCCCUCUCCCCGACCUACCACCUCUACCUUCUUCUCCCGUCCAACCCAUGCCUCCACCUCCCUCUGUUCCACCCACAGAACCUGAACCUGGCUUUUUCUCGAGUUCCUUGGCUUUUGAUAUUCCACCGCCUCCCCCUCCUUCAUUACCUGCGCCUCAGCUUAGAUCAUUCUCACCCCUACCUCGUCCAAUACCAGCCGUACUUAGAGAUAUCGAUGAACCGCUACCUCCAGGAGAAGAUAAACUUCCCUCAGCUGUCAAAAAUACUCAGUUUAUGAAUCAAAGUUCUGAAGUUGACGCUGAAUCUAGAUUUUUUCAAUCCCAAGAUUUUGCUCCAGCUCCUAUACUCUUUCCUACCUCCGUCUGGGGAUUUACAGCAGUAGAUCCUAACUAUGGAUUACAAGCUGAACGCCCAAGCUAUGCAUUAGAGACUGAAACCAGAAACUAUUUUCAAACCUCGUACGAGUUUGCUCCAACACUCAAUAUUGAAACCUUGAGUUCGGAGCAGACCAGUAGUAUUUCAAAGAAGAGAAGGGAGAGAAGAAAAAGAAAGAUUAGUAAGCAUGAGAACUCAAUUGUGAUUAAACGAAGAAGAUCGAGUGGAGACAAAGAAGACGAUGAGAAUGAGUUACGUGCAAUACUUUUAGCUCAAGUUUCUAAGAAACAAGAAUCGCAUCAAAUUAUUUCCUCAGACGUGAGUUUAACUAUGUCUAAAGAAAGUAUUACUGGUAAAGAAAAGGAAGAAACUAAGAGCGUAGCCUCAUUACAGAAUAGUUUGAAAAAAAGUAAAAGGGUUCAAAUUCCUUUAUCUGAGAAUACACAGACGGUUGUGAACUCCGUGUCUGGUCUAUCCCUGGAACCUGAGAAACAUAAAUCUGCACCAAUACUUCCUCAACUCAAACCUCAACAACCCUUAAAAACUAAACAGAGUGCCUUGUCGAAACUAAACUCAACGUCUUUGGUAAAGUCAAAACUGAAAACUGUUGUCAAACCUAAAACCAUAGACUCUAGGUCUGCCCUGAAGAAGAAGGGAAUCUCUAAAGCUGAUCAAAAGAAACAUUUCCCAAAUCUAACCAAGACCCUUGUCAUUCCUCUGAAUAAUGAAAGCGAGAGUGAUGAUGAUCCACCUCCCCCAUCAAAUCCACCGGAGUCAUUUCAACUUGAUGUUGAAAAGUUUCUCCUUGAUAUUCGACAAACCUCUGGAUCCUCAAGGAAACCCAACCCUAGGUCAUCAACCUCUACUAUUACAAGCAGGAGUAUCUCUGUCCAGCUGAAAGCCAAGGCUAAGCAAUUAACCCCAGCUGCUAAGAAACAGCUGAUAACAUCUAAAAUCUCGAAUCUACCUUUAUCAAAACAGUUGGAGUACAUUAAACUUAAAACACUUAUUGCUCGGAAGGAAAUGAUGAAACAGAAAGCUAAAAGCAGUUCAGCUCCGCAGACCGGGGGAAAACCAAUUCCUCCUCUUGUAGUUGCUGCUGGAAAUGUUACAGAUGAUAAAAAAGAAAAACUGGAUCCGAAGCAGAAUAUGAAGAAUAAGAAAGAAAUGAUUAAAAUGAUAGAAAUGAAGAAGAAGGUUAAGGCGAAGCCAACAAGCAAUGUGAAAGCAGAGGUUAAGUUAAGUAUUGAGAAGGAGAUGAAGCUCAACACCGCGAUUCAGAGCACCGAUGAACUAAAAAAAAGCACUGAUCCUGUAAACCAUCCAGACUCAAAAUCACCCGAACCUCAAGAGCUUGAAGAUGAGGAUGAAAAACUUUUGCGAGAAAGUUUGUUAAAAGAUCUUAAGUUUAAGAAGAGUUCUAAUUCAGCAGAACCUAGUAACGGUCUAGCCAGUCAAAAUAUAUCCAAGGGGAAGUUAACUGUUCAACUAUCAGGUAACAAACGUAAUGUUAGUGUGGGAGAGAUAUCUAAUCCAACUGCUAAGCUUGCUGCUUCUAACCUUGCCAGUUCCAAAACUACCACUAAACCCACCCCUACUAGAUCUGCCACAUCUAGACCUGCUAGUUCCAAACCUACAUCAUCUAAAUCUGCCAGUCCUAAACCUGCCUCUACCAAAACGGCCAUUUCCAAUCCAACCACUACCAAACCUGCCAGUUCCCAUCCUUCUACUUCCAAACCUGCCAUUUCCCAUCCUUCUACUACAAUGUCUGCCAGUUUCAAACCCAUCAGCAUCAAACCUGUCGGUUCCAAACCUACCGACUCUAAGACUGUCAGUUCCAACCCUUCCAAUUCCAAACCUACUAUUUCCAAACCUGCCAGUGUAAAUCCAUCCAAUUUUAAGUCUUCCACUUACAAGCCAUCUAGUCCCAACCCAUCCUCCUCCAAACCCCUGUUAACACCAUCCUCGUCUAAACCUGUAUCCAAAUCUUCCACUGCUCCAUCUAAGGUUUCCAUUCCGUCCUCGGUGACCGUAAAAUCCUUCCUUCCUAAUCCCUCGACCUCUUCUAACCUACCUCCAUCCGCUUCAAAUACUUCAUUAACUGAUCCCUCGCCCACUGAACCCAAGGUAUCCACCAAUAUUCAUUUAAACCCUGGAGCUAAACCUGCGGAGAAAACAGUUCCCAAACUCAUUCCCAAACCUGGAGUAGAUUUGAAACUUAAAGACGAGCUUAAGCAAACUGAGAAAUCUGUGAUAAUGAAUAGGAAUGAUUUAUCAAAUGUUCUGUACAAGUUGUCUGCGCAGAUGUCGCAGCUGCAACGACAAAGUAUAGAACUAGAGGGAGCUGUCAGCUAUGCAGCUGAGCUUAGAAAUCAACUGCGUGAGACGGAGCAGCUAGUGAAGCUGAGAGAAGAGAAGGUGGAGAACUUGAGAGAGGUGAUCAGGAACUCCCAUCAGGAGGUCACGCUGUACAAGGAGCAAAUGCUGAGUGCUGAGGAUACGUGUAAGAGGUUGGGGGAUGAAGUCUAUGGUUCGGAGUAUAUUCUACCUCCUCAGGGAGCGCAAAACAUCAGGAAUAAGCUGGCUCAGAUAAAAACCACUGCCCAGAAGGUUAAAACAACCAACACGGAUAAACCGAACCUUCUUCCAGAUAGUCCUGGGGAUAUAAUAUCCCUAGAGGAUCCAGAACUACAGAAGAACCCUGCUCCAGGUAGCAUCAAAUCUAAUGAUACGUCGACAGGUAUAGUUUCAGGUUUAGAUUACGUUUCUCCGCUGGAGCAUUUAAGAUCCGAGAACGGGAGCGUGAAUAUCUUGGAUCCGAACACCCUGCUGUGCAGGUUUGAACUGGGGGGUAAGUGCAUGGAUCCAACCUGUGUAUACCAGCACUGCAAACCUGCUCGGUAACUUAAUCUAAACUUUACUUUUGGUUUAGUUUUAUCGAUAUUAUAGGUUUUUUGUUCGUUAUUUUUUCACAAGAAAAUAUAUUUA